AUGAAAGGCUUAGUUGGCUGGUAGUAAACGUCCACCUGUGUUGUUUUGGUGGAGUCUGCACGGUUGAAACCGAUGCAUCCAUCAACGUGUCUGUCCAAUGAGGAGAGGAGGGGGCGUUCCCACCGACCUCACUCGUCACUGGCGUGUAAACCACAACAAACAGCGACGAUAAAGCGAAUGGCAAGCAAGUCAGAAUAAAACAAAGACACAGACGGUUGCAGCAAUGGGCAAGUCCCAGUCACACUUGGCCAAACACAAAGACGAGAGUCAGGACGCGCUGACGGCUUCUGCCGAGUACAGAGACAACCAGACAGAGGAGGAUGGAAAGAAUGGAGAUGUGUCCCAGUUCCCCUAUGUGGAGUUUACUGGACGGGACAGUGUCACAUGCCCCACAUGUCAGGGCACCGGCAGAAUCCCCCGAGGUCAAGAGAAUCAGCUCGUGGCUCUGAUUCCAUACAGUGACCAAAGGCUCAGGCCAAGCAGGACAAAGCUGUAUGUCACAAUAUCAGUGUCUCUUUGCCUGCUGCUGUCUGGACUGGCUGUUUUCUUCCUAUUCCCUCGCUCUAUUGAUGUCUCCUAUGUGGGAGUGAAGACUGCCUACGUCUCCUAUGACCAGGACAAACGAAUUGUCUAUCUCAACAUCACAAACACUCUGAACAUCACCAAUAAUAACUACUACGCCAUAUCUGUGACCAACAUCACAGCCCAAGUGCAGUUCUCCAAGACAGUGAUAGGCAAGGCCAAGUUUAACAACAGCACACUGAUCAUACCACUGGAUGAACGGCAGAUCGACUACACGGUUCCCACCACCAUUGCUGAUGAUAUGAGUUAUAUGUUUGACUACUGCACCCUGCCAACCAUCAAAGUGCACAACAUAGUGGUCAUGAUGCAGGUGACUGUGACCACGUCGUACUUUGGCCACGCGGAGCAGGUUUCCCAGGAGAUGUACCAGUAUGUGGACUGUGGGGGGAACACCACCUCCUUGCAUGGACAUGUGCAGGUCUACCAGUAAGGCGAGCAGAAGAGCGCAGGCAUCAAACACUGCUGGUCUCACAGAGGUCGACUGGGCUGACGUGCACAAGGAAAUCUUUGCUCGGUGACGUUGUGUUAACCAGGACGGGGGGAAAAAAAACAAACUUUUCUUCAACUAGUCUGAGUGGCUCAUUCAUUCUUAUAGUCCCAACCACUUUCCUUCUUUUACAGCUCAAAUAUGCUAUUUAGAAGAGAUAUUUUUUCAAUAAAACCUCCAAAUGAUGGUUGGUGGCUUGCCAAACAGGCUGUCAAAGAAGAGAUAAAAACCUACCUGC